AUGGAGGAGCUGGUCAAACACCUGUCCAGGUGUCAGCACCUGGGCUGGAUGAAUGUGAUCGCCUUUGAGCCAAACGUAACAGUAAGAAGUCCACUGAUCAGAAACCACGGAAAGGUUCAUCCUCUGCUUCUCGCUGAGAGGGCGGAGACAUGCACUGUCUGGUUGCUAAGAUACACCCUCCAUGUGACCUCAGCGCCUCCUGGCCCCGCCCACAAAGAUGCUCUGGAGAGGGGGGUGCGCAGACAGAGCAUGCCCAGUGGCUCCACCGUGGACACGCCCACUGCCAGAGUGACGGGCUUCCUGUCUCGGAGGUUGAAGCAGUCUCUCCGUCGGACUCGGUCUCAGCCCAAACUGUCUCGUCACAGCAGCAUGAAGACCAGCCUGAUCAAUAACACUGAUUCCAGGUGUGUGAUGCGGCGGCUGCGUUGUGGUAGCCAGGAGUCGUUGCUAAGCGCCGGCUGUGUGUCGUCUCUGGAGCUCAGAAUGGACCAAUCAGUGAUCAUCAAACCAGUUCACUCCUCCCUACUGGGACAGGACUACUGCUUCGAGGUAACGACCUCGACAGGCACCAAAUGUUUCUCGUGUCGCUCGGCGGCAGAACGAGACAAAUGGAUGGAGAACCUGCGACGAGCCGUUCACCCCAACAAGGACAACAGCCGCCGGCUGGAGAACGUUCUGACAGUGUGGGUGAUCGAGGCUAAGGACCUGCCCGCCNNNNUCAGGUACUUCUGCGAGCUGUGUCUGGACGACAGUCUCUACGCUCGGACAUCCUGUAAGCUGAGGACGGACAACGUGUUCUGGGGCGAACGCUUUGAUUUCAGCAGCCUUCCGUCCGUCUCGUCCAUCACGCUGCACCUCUAUAAGGACACCGACCGCAAGAGGAAGAAGGACAAGAGCAGCUAUGUGGGAUUGGUCAACAUUCCUGUCGCCACGGUUACCGGCAGACAGCUGGUGGAGAAAUGGUACUCAGUGAGCACGCCCAGCACCAGCAGAGGUAAGUCCUCGGUGCCGACGGUGCGGGUCAAGGCUCGGUACCAGAGCAUUGUGAUCCUGCCGAUGGAGCAGUACAAAGAGUUUGCGGAGUACAUCAGCUCCAACUACCUGCUGCUCUGCUCCACCCUCGAGGCCUCCAUCAGCCUGAGGGCCAAAGAGGAGCUGGCUGCUGCACUGGUGCACAUCCUGCACAGCACCGGCAAGGCCAAGGACUUCCUGACAGACCUGAUGAUGUCAGAGGUUGACCGUUGCCGUGACAAUGACCAGCUGAUUUUCAGAGAGAACACACUAGCGACAAAAAGUAUCGAGGAAUACUUGAAGCUGAUUGGACAGAAGUACCUGCAGGACGCCCUCGGUGAGUUCAUCAAAGCACUGUAUGAGUCUGAUGAGAAUUGUGAGGUCGACCCGUCUCGCUGUGCCACCUCUGACCUCGCAGAGCAUCAGGCCAACCUGAGGAUGUGCUGCGAACUGGCCUUCUGCAAGAUCCUUGACUCCUACAGGGUCUUCCCCCGAGAGCUGAAGGAGGUGUUUGCGUCAUGGCGUCAAGAAUGUGGUAGCCGGGGGCGACCGGACAUCAGUGAGCGUCUCAUCAGCGCCUCGCUGUUCCUGCGCUUCCUGUGUCCCGCUGUGAUGUCACCAUCGCUGUUCGACCUCAUGCAGGAGUACCCCGACGAACGUACGGCGAGGACGCUGACGCUGAUUGCCAAAGUGAUUCAAAACCUCGCCAACUUCAGCAAGUUUGGCACUAAAGAGGAGUACAUGCUAUUCAUGAAUGACUUUGUGGAGCGGCAGUGGAGCAGCAUGCAGCGUUUCCUGCAGGAGAUCUCCAACCCCGACGGGCUGAACCACACCGCCGGCUUCGACGGGUACAUCGACCUGGGCAGGGAGCUGUCGAGCCUGCACACCCUGCUGACCGAGCUCGAACAGUCAUGUCUGGCAAAGCUUGGUCCUCUUCCUCGGAUCCUCAGAGACGUGUCAGCGGCUCUCUCUAACCCGGGGGGCGUGGCCAGCACUGGAGGCGUGUCCGUUUCUUCCCCGGAGCCACAGCGCGUAGUGUCUCCGCCCCCUCUGUCUCCGCCCCCUCUGUCUCCACCCCUUUCUCCUCCUCUGGCAGCCUGUAAUCCCUCCAUCGGCCUGCAGGGCGGCAUGGGACUGGACGGAGGGUUGGUAGAUUUCACUCGACUUCCAUCUCCAACUCCAGAGAACAAAGAUUUGUUCUUCGUCACUAAAGGUUCCAGUCUGCAGCCUGCAUCAGGUCUACAGGGUUCUCCUGCACCAAGCUCUUCAUACUCUGAGCCAAACGAGAACGAGGCGGCAUUUGAAAUGACCAACGGGGGCCGGAGGGAGGGGCCGGAGCUGACCAAUGAGAGCCGCAGCCUGUCAUUGGUGGACCUGCAAGACUCCUCACCUAGCGACGGCCUUGACGACAGUCAGUGGCAGCGCAGGACAGGGCUCCUCCCCCUCUCCUUCCAGAACCCGGUCUAUCACAUGACCACCACAUCACCACGGCAGCCACAGCAGCAGGCCGACGCCACACCGUCGGACGGCUCAGUGGGGUCGCAGGGGAACGCCGAGGACAGGAACGCCAUGGCGAACAAACCGGCAUUUCUCACGCAGAUGUCAGUGGGGCUGGGAGGGGGGGAGCGGGGGGAGAGGAUGUCUGCCAUGUCGAGCAGCAGCAGCGGCGAGGAAUACUCCCGCCGGGCACUCUCCCUCACCGAGACCCUCACAGGCAGCUCCGCCCCCCCACGACAGAACUCCUCGGGUCCUCAGAGACGCAUCGAUCAGCCGCCGCCUCCGUCAUCAGCUCCGCCAGGACCCCCUCGGGGCCGUACACCUCCCAGCAUGCUCAGCGGUGGCAGUGGCGGCGGUCCCGCCUACCCUCCACGCCCUACCUCUGGCAGCAUGAUGUCAUCAAGCCCCGAUUGGCCGAGCAGCGGCCAGUCACGGCUCAGACAGACGUCGUCAUCUUCUAAAGGAGACAGUCCCGAGAAACAGCGGCCCGCUGCCAAGGCUCCGUCUCCAUGUGCGCUGGAUCGGACCGCUGCCUGGCUGCUCAACAUGAACUCGGCCUCCUCCUACGGCGAGGCGGAGGACGAUCGGCAUGAUGAGGCCCUUGUAGAGAAGUAUCAACAGGAGAUUGCGCUACUGCAGGAAAAGCUGCGAGUUGCGGCGCUGCGUCAGGAGGAGUGUGAAACCCGUCUGAUGGUCCAGGAUCAACAGAACCAACGUAUGCUGCAGGAGUACCAGGCUCGGCUGGAGGACACAGAGAGCAGACUGAGGAGACUGCAGGACGACAAAGACCUGCAGAUGAACAGCAUCAUCAGCAGGUUGAUGGCAGUAGAAGAGGAGCUGAAGAAGGAUCACUCAGACAUGCAGGCUGUGGUCGACUCCAAGCAGAAGAUCAUAGAGGCGCAGGAGAAGAGGAUUGCGAGCCUUGAUGCGGCGAACACUCGCCUGAUGGCGGCGCUGACUCAGCUGAAAGAGCGGUACGCAGUGACAUCACAGAGGAACGGCCUGUCUCCUAGCAACACGUCAUCUCUGCAGAUCACUGAAAACGGAGAGUUCCGCAACUCUGGCAACUGCUGAGCUGUGAUUGGCUGUUGCUGCAGGGGGUGGGGUGGGGCAGAGGUAGCUGGAGGCGGAGCUAAAUGACAGUACUCACCAAUCAGUACUGAUGGAGCUGUCCAUCAACCUCCGACUGACUACACCCCUGUUGCUAGGUUACCCUUCACUUCCUGUUUAUGUUGUGCAUGUUUCCUCUUUCAAAGUCUGACAUCAUAUCAUGUUUACUUUUGGUACUUCCUGUUAAGGACCAGAAACAUCCACCUAUCAAAAUGGACGCCUUCAUAAGUUCUGCUCCACCUGCAGCAACUCCACCUAUAUAUGGCUCUGCUUUGACUGGUACACACCUUGACUAUGGUCUGAUCGGCGUAACUGACACGACUCCGGCUGCGUAUGGUUCUGGUGUUAAGCAGGUUCUGCGUAGAUCAGAACUUGUUUGACAUGUCGACUCUCGUGUCUGAAGCCGCCAAGAACAUAUUUAUCUUUUCAGGCUCUUUAUCUUUCGAUAGUAUUUUAAAGGAACAGUCCGACAUUUUCGUCUGAGCCACAGAGUCAGAACAGCCUCAUUCUGGUUAGCCUAGCUUAGCACAAAGACUGGAAGCAGAGGGAAAGUUUUAGUCCAGCUCCUACAGAGAGAACAAGCGUUGGAGCCAUGUGUCGACCCCUGCAGGCUUCCGUAGUUUCAGUAUUUAGUUGGAGAGGAUCAGGCGAGGUUCUUGCCGAGUUAGACGCUUGUUUGUGUUGUUUCAGAGAAUUUUAAUGUAAACACCAGAUUUUAUUGUCAACCAGUAAAAAAUUUAAAUUGUGAUGAAUAGUUUUGUGAACACACACACACACACACACACAUAUACACACACUGUACAGACCGUCUCUGCUGUGUUCACUGUGGCUUCUAUCUGUUCUGUAUUU